CCUGUUCCCAAAUGUGCACAUAGCACUGCUGGCAUAGUUGCUAUCGGCGAGAUUGACCAGUCAGUCAACAUCACACUGAGGAUAAUCAUGGCUUCCUCUUCAAUCAGCACCUUCCCCGCCUCUCAGACCUCCCUGACUAUCCUUAUCCUGGGUUCAGGAGGUCGAGAACAUGCCUUGGCGUACAAGCUUGCUCAGAGUAAACGAGUGAGCAAGGUGCUCGUGGCCCCUGGCAAUGGAGGGACAGCCAUAAUGGGUGGUAAAGUCACCAAUGUCCUCGAGAAGUGGGGCGGCUCGACAGGCUACGAGAGUAUAGCUCAAUGGGCCAGAGAGCAAGGUGUAGAUCUGGUCGUCCCUGGGCCUGAGCAGCCUUUGGUCGAUGGUGCAGAGGUCGUCUUUAGAAAAGCCGGAAUUCCCGUCUUUGGACCUUCACCCGCUGCAGCCUUAUUGGAAGGGUCCAAGUCCCUCUCCAAGGCUUUCAUGGCUCGGAACUCCAUUCCGACCGCCUCGUUCCGAUCCUUCACGUCUGAUCAAUACACCCAGGCGAGCGAAUACAUUCAAUCCAACCCGUUUACCUCUGGUCGGUGUGUGAUCAAAGCUUCGGGACUGGCAGCUGGAAAAGGGGUUUUGAUCCCUGAAUCGACGGAUGAAGCUAUAGAAGCUCUCAAAAGCGUCAUGCUUGAUCGCGAGUUUGGAGAUGCGGGUGAUGAAGUCGUCGUUGAGGAGUAUUUGACGGGACCGGAAAUUUCCGUCCUGGCAUUCUGUGAUGGUUACUCGGUCGUACCUUUACCCGCUGCGCAAGACCAUAAACGGAUUGGCGAUGGAGAUGUCGGACCUAACACUGGUGGAAUGGGAGCUUAUGCUCCGGCGCCAGUGGCUACUCCGGAUAUCAUGGAGAGAGUCAUGAAGGAGAGCUUGGAGCCGACUCUCAAGGGAAUGCGUGAAGAGGGUCACCCAUUCGUCGGAAUGCUUUUCACUGGUUUCAUAUUGACUUCAGAUGGUCCGAAAGUCUUGGAAUACAAUGUUCGAUUCGGAGACCCGGAGACACAGGCAUUGAUGCUGCUAUUAAGCGACGAAACGGAUCUCGCCGAGGUCAUGCUUGCCUGUGUCGAGAGACGACUCGACUCUGUCAAACUCGCUUACAGAGAUGGACAUGCCGUGUCCGUCGUCCUUGCAUCCCAGGGGUACCCUGGUAAAUAUCCCAAAGGCAUUCCUAUGUCGAUCCCUCCCAUGCCAGAAGGUGUUCAGGUCUUCCACGCCGGUACCGCUAUCAAGGGCGACACCGGAGUCACAGAUGGUGGUCGUGUUCUCGCCGUGUGUGCUUUUGCUCCUUCUCUUCGCCAAGCUGUCGACAUGGCGUACAGCGGGGUCGAACUCGUCGAAUUCGAAGGCAAAACUUUCCGACGUGACAUCGCGUACCGAGCCUUGGCAGCUGAACCAGCCCCUUUGACUUCCACCGCAUCCUCCUCUUCUAUCCCUCAACGACCAGUCACUGGACUCACCUACGCUUCAGCGGGGGUUUCUGUCGAGAAUGGAAAUUCUCUCGUGGACAACAUCAAACCCAUUGUCAAAGCGACUCGCCGACCCGGAGCUGAUGCUUCCAUCGGAGGAUUCGGAGGGGCGUUCGAUCUCUCUGCUGCCGGGUACUCUGACCCCAUCCUCGUCAGUGGAACCGACGGAGUCGGUACCAAGCUUCGUGUCGCGCUAGAAUACGGCAAACACGAUACUGUUGGCAUCGAUCUCGUCGCCAUGUCUGUGAAUGACCUCAUCGUUCAAGGUGCUGAGCCGCUCUAUUUCUUGGACUACUUUGCGUGCUCUGCGUUGGAUAUUCAAGUCGCUCAGGAUGUCAUUACCGGUAUUGCCACUGGGUGUCUUGAAUCUGGCUGUGCUUUGAUCGGGGGAGAAACGGCGGAGAUGCCAGGAAUGUACCAUGGCGACGACUAUGAUCUCGCUGGAUUCGCCGUCGGAGCUGUUGAACGGAGUCAACUAUUGCCGAGGACGGAUAUCGUCGCUGGAGAUUACUUGAUUGGUCUGCCGUCCGAUGGUCUUCACUCGAAUGGAUUCUCCCUCGUCCGAAAGAUUGUCUCUCUCGCUGGAUUGACAUAUGAUUCACCUACACCUUGGUCCGAGGACGUCCCGCUCGGCGAGUCGUUAUUGAGACCUACUAGAUUAUACAUCAAGCCGUUAUUGCCAGGAAUCAAAUCUGGUCUGUUCAAGGGCAUGUCUCAUAUCACAGGAGGAGGAUUCACGGAGAAUAUCCCUAGAAUCUUCUCGGACCCUGCACUUCAAGGUCUAGGUGUGGAGAUAGAUCUCAGGACGUGGACAUUGGACCCCGUUUGGAAGUGGUUGAUGAGCGCUGGCAAUGUCGCGCCGCUCGAAAUGGCCAGAACGUUCAACUGUGGAGUCGGAAUGGUCAUUGUCGUCGGAGCAAACGAGGUUGAUGCGGCGUUGCAGAGUCUCACAGAAGGUGGUGAAAGGGCAUUCGUGAUGGGUAAAGUGACGGACAAGUCUGGGGUCCAAUACGUCGGCAUGGAUACUUGGAGUGUGUAGAGGAGUGUGUGUCUCAACGGGAAGGAGUAUCUUACUGUGGUCUGGGUUGAAGUGAGGCCCUAGAGAUAGACUGGUUCUAGUUCAGAAGACCCUUGUGCAUUAUACAUAUCAUUU